UGGAGGAUGUCUGAAAGAAGCAUUCGUGAAUUUAUAAACAUUCGUAAGGAAAAAAAAUGGCAACAAAUAGAAAUACAACAAAAUAACCUUAAUUACUUGUACGAUAAUAAAACUAGUAAGUGAAGUAAAACAAAUCGUCCAGCAAAAGUUAAAUUCGUUCCAAAACACUUUAUACACAUAUACAUGUUUUAUUACACAUUGUAAGUUAACAGCAUAUAUGAGAACAUGUCUCUUUGAGUGGGCAAAUGCUUCAUGGCUCUUACAUUUUAAGAUCGAUCAAUGAAAUCAAUAAAAUAGUGUUUUGUGUGUAUACAUAUUUUGGUGUGCUGAACUAGGUCAGCUACUUUUAGAUUGACACAUUUCACAAGGAAGUAUUUUACGUGUGCUAUUUGACAGAUAAUACUAUAGGUGUGCUAGUAAACACUGAUGAUGUCUUAAUACGUAAUGAUAUCGGAGACGUUUCGUCAACAUGAAGCAUCGAAGAUUCUACAAUAGUUGGUUUUCACUCAUUGUUUUUCUUUGUCUAUCAUUUGGAAUAUGUGCCAGAGCCAACCAGUUGUUUGGCAGCAACCAACAGUUUCUGUGUCGAUGUACCGACAACAAAUGUUUACCUGAUGGAACUUGUGCUGAUGGUGCCAGUUGUUUAAGUGAAUGGUUUGGUCCGUCUUGUCAAUAUCAGAAUCUUGUCACAGUUUACACAGCAAAACUGACACCAGAUAAUGCUUUAUUAAGUGUGACAGACGACAGCCAAUGCAACAUCAACUCUAGCACGACAUACCUUACAGUGACUUGGAACGUUUCGAAUCCGUUCACAUUUCUUUGGCUACGUUUUUACACAAAAGUAAAUAAAACGAAUCUAAGGAUGUCUAUCGUAAUAAAUAAUAAAAAACUGGAACCGUUACAAGUUUAUACAAUAAGUAACUGGACUAUAGAGAUACGUAGUCCUAAUAUUUCUAUGAUGAGCAGCAUAAAUAUAACCAGCGACCAUUUUCAAGAUUUAUGUUCAGUCUAUGUUACUGGGGGUCGAAAUAUAGCACUAAAACAAACUGCUACUCAAGAUAGUUAUUUUGCUGGGGUACGACCAAGCAACGCUAUAGAUGGAAACAGAAAUCAUGACUGGUUUGGUGAGUCAUGUAUCCACAGUGCUGAAACAAAAAUGUACCACUACUGGACGGUACGGUUUGACAAAGAAUAUUUGGUCAACAGAUACGUCUUGUACGGCAGAUAUAACGUACUAUCUGACAGCCCAUAUAAUGUUUGCUGCUUGGAUCGUCUCCAACACUUCACCUUGGUAAGCAGGGAUGUCAAUGGUCAAACAGUUCUAACUUACACAGAAAAUGGAAAUUUACAACAGUUAACUUACACUGUAACAUCUGAUAAACUCAACGUGUCAAGUGUUACAGUAUCGCAGGCUAAUAACAUUCUCAACUUUUGUGAAUUUGAAGCUUAUGGAGACUCGCUGUGCCCACCCGGUAAAUUUGGCCUAGAAUGUAACAAAGACUGUCGAUGUAGAAAUGACGAGCCCUGCUUUACAGACACAGGAACUUGUUCUUCAGGAUGUGCUGCAGGUUAUACAGGGAUGGGAUGUCUCACACCAUGUACUCGUGGGACAUGGGAUGUAGACUGCUCCAACACCUGCAGCAUUAACUGUCUAGAUAUGACGUCAUGUGACUCUACAACAGGGACCUGUGUUGGGGGAUGUGUGGCUGGCUUUAAAACACCUACAUGUAAUGAUGAUUGUGAUUUUGGAACAUGGGGAAUCAACUGCUCCAUGUCGUGUAGUUCACAUUGUGGGAGAGAUAAAUCUUGUGACCCAAUAAAUGGUACAUGUAUCAAUGGUUGUGUUGAGGGGUAUAUUGGAGACAUGUGUGAGCAAGAAUGUGAACAAGGAAGAUGGGGUAAUAAUUGCCUAAACAACUGCAGUAGAUAUUGUAUAGACCCUUCACAUUGUGAUGUCACAAGCGGUUCAUGUACUGGUGGAUGUGUUGCUGGCUAUAAGCCGACAUGUGAACACGAGACGAUUAAAAGCGGUGAAAGUGAUGACUCUAAAGCUACUGGGAUUGGUGUUGGCAUUGGAAUAGGAAUCGGUAUAGGAGUUGUGAUCACAUCUGUUAUAUUUGUACUUGCUACAGCCAUUUUGUACCACCGUGGGAUGUUGUCUCUAUGUAGAAGGUUAAGCCAGAAGGAAGACAUAACGGAAAAGGAACCACGUAGAAAUGAUCGCACAGUUACAUUUCCAGAGUACAAUAGCGCUUACAGUGAUGUGGAGGAUACCGAAGCUUCUGGCGUUCAGCGGUAUCAAAAUAACGCAAGUGUCGAUGACAAUCUACAUGCAUAUGACGCCAUCAAUCUUGACGAUAUAGGCAAAAAGACAGAAUAUUUAGAAUUUAAAGUCAAAUAAGAUGACAACUAGCGAAGGUCUAAUUAAAAAGUUUGCUUACAAAUCAAUAAUAAAACCAAAAUAUUUAUAAUCCAAAUCAAAUUUUGAACAGUGGUUCUUAAUCUCUUUGGAGGUACCGGACCCCAACCAGUUUCAUUUGCCAUUCA